CUGUUAGUUGUGGUCGCUAUCCCAUAUUGGCAUCUUUUAGGAUAGCGACAGCCAUUUUGCCAGUACCCUAUACUUCAUCUGACACACUAAACGACAUAGUCAAGGACGUUCAACUAAUACCAUAAUGAAAUCAACGUUCGGGUGGUUGAAUUUUGCUUUUCUAGUUGUUCAAAUUAGUGCUGACACAACGAAUAUAAAAACACCGUCUGGACCAAUCAAAGGACUAAAAUUGAACUAUCACAAAACAGGAGAACCUUUAUAUGAAUUCAGGGGCAUACCCUUCGCCAAACCACCGAUUGGUUCGUUGAGAUUCAAAAAAACAGAACCCCUUGAAAAACGAAAAGAAUUUCAUGACGGAACGAAAUUCGGAGCAAUCUGUAUGCAGCCGGGUAUCGAUUUUAUGCCUGAAAUAAGUAAACCAGACAUGUCUGAAGAUUGUUUGGUAUUGAAUGUCUACGUUCCAAGAAAUUUACACGAACGUUUGUCAGUAAUGGUAUGGAUACACGGUGGCGGAUUUAUGGUCGGUCAUGGACACCUCUACGAUGGCGGAAAACUUGCAAUGGACGGAAAUGUGAUUGUUGUAACAAUAAACUAUAGACUUGGAGGAUUUGGCUUUUUUGCUGUGGGUGAUUCUUCGGCAAGAGGUAACUAUGGUUUGUGGGAUCAAAAGAUGGCACUCCAAUGGGUACAUGAUAAUAUUGCAUCAUUUGGAGGUAAUCCUGAGUCUGUUACAGUAUUUGGUGAAUCCGCGGGGGGAUAUAGUGCAUCAUUUCAAUCACUUAUACCUUCAAAUAAAGGACUUUUUCAGAGAGUUAUUUCACAGAGUGGUGUUGUAUCUAGAACUGUUGUUGUGACAAACUCCUCUAUUGAAAAAUUUGCAGCAGAAAUAGCUGAAAAAUCUUCCUGUCCAUUCGAUGAAAAGCAAAUAUUCGUUGAUUGCUUACGACAGAAAACAGCUGAUGAAAUCCUGAAAUUGACCGAACCUUUUGCCUCAACACCAGCGGACAAGCUCAUGUUUGAAUCCACUGGUAUGCCGGUCGUAGAUUAUGAAUUGUUUCUCGAACAUCCUAUUAAAAGUCUGGAAGACAAAUCAUCAGAUGUGUCCCAGUUUUUCCGUUCUCUAGAUUUAAUGGCGGGGGCUGUCUCUAACGAAGGAUCCUUACUAUAUAUGAUGAUACCACCAAGCUUCCAAGAACACUAUGCUUUUAAUGUUACUGAAGGUUUUCCAUAUAAAGCAGUUUGUAACGGAAUACUGUCACCCUUCGUUGAAUUGUGGUAUGCUAACAACUCAAACGUCAAGGACAUACUGUGUAAAUAUUACUCCGCAGAGUCUAUCGCAGAUCAAUCUUUAAAAGCAACCGAUUCCUGGGCUGACAUUACAUUUUACUAUCCUAUCAUGAAAAUGUUAGAACAUCACUCUGGAGGUAAUACAUAUCAAUAUGUGGUAUCAAAAUUAAGUCCAAAACCCUUCGGCGGGCCUCCUCCGUCAUGGUUCAAAGGUGUCGGGCAUGGUGAUGAAGUGAUUUACCUUUUUAAUGUAUCUCAGUUUCUGUCACUGGAUGAAAAAGAGAUAAUGAAUGAUAGAGAUGAAGAAUUUGGAAAGAAAAUGAUAAGUUAUUGGACAUCUUUUGCUAAGACUGGCGUGCCUUAUGCUGGUGAUGGGUCAGUUCCAUGGAAACAAUUCGAUAUGGAAAACAAAAUCUAUUUGGAUUUAGACGAUGAGAUAACACAAAAAAGUAACUACAAACCUGAAAUAUUGGACCUCUGGUCAAACCAACUACCAGCGUCCAAUCUUGAAUCAGCGAGUGCAGACGAAGGACACCGUGAUGAAUUGUGAAUGUUGUAGGUUCAAUAAUAUGAUAUAUUGCACUCAUUUUUGAAAGACAGUUCUUGAUACUAUAAUAUAUUACUUAAAAAGAUGCCAAAUCGUGAGGAAUUCUUGCAUUGUGAAUAAAGCCUCGGUCACACCUUACCGGGUAGCACGAACGGACGCCUAACGGAUGAAAAUAAAAGUUGUCCGUUGACAAAAUUGUUAUCCGUUGGGAGUCCGUUGAUGUACUGACCAAAUAAAACGAACGACAGUCACGUGUAACGGAUGCAUAACGGACACACAACGGAUAUGCAACGUACGAGAAACGGACACGUUCCGGACAGAAUUGAUGUCGAACGUAUAUCCAACGGACGAGUAACGAAUAAAACGGACACCUAACGGAAGCGUACCGGAUAAAACGGAUGAACAAGAUAUACGGAAAAAUCAAAGGCGAUAAUAAUAAUAAAUUUUAAUCGCAUAAAUAUUCAAAAUUUUUCUGUGUAACUGGUUUUUAUAAAAAAAAAAAAAAAAAAGUAGAUGUGGUAUGAUUGUCAAUGAGACAACUAUCCACAAAAGACCAAAAUGACACAAACAUUAACAAUUAUAAGUCACCGUACGGCCUUCAGCAAUGAGCAAAGCCCGUACCGCAUUUAGUCAGCUAUAAAAGGCCCCGAUAAGACAAUGUAAAACAUUUCAAGCGAGAAUUUGUGAUUUAAUGUCGUAUACAAUUCGGAGCUUUGAAUAAUAAAAUUGAGAAUGGAAAUGGGGAAUGUGUCAAAGAGACAACAACCCGACCAUAGAAAAAACAACAGCAGAAAGUCACCAACAGAUCUUCAAUGUAGCGUGAAAUUCCCGCACCCGGAGGCGUCCUUCAGCUGACCCUUUAAUAAAUAUAUGCUAGUUCAGUGAUAAUGAACGCCAUACUUAUUUCCAAAUUGUACACAAGAAACUAAAAUUAAAAUAAAUACAAGACUAUCAAAGGCCAGAGGCUCCUGACUUGUGACAGGCGCAAAAAUGCGGCGGGGUUAACACAUGUUUAUGAGAUCUCAACCCUCCCCCUAUUCCUCUAGCCAAUGUAGAAAAGUAAACGCAUAACGAGUCUGAUGUCAGAAGAUAUAAACAACAAAAUAAAUAAAAUGACAAUAAUACAUAAACAACAUCAGACUACUAGCAAUUAACUGACAUGCCAGCUCAAGACUUCAAUUAAACUGAUUGAAAGAUUAUGAUUUCAUCAUGUGAAUAUCAGGCACAAUCCUUUCCGUUAGGGGUUUAGUAUCAUACCAUCAUAACAUAUAUGAGAAGAACAUAACCCGUGUCAACAACUGUUUUUUUGAAUAAUUGUGUUUAGUUCCGAUGCAAAGACCCUAUAAGUGAUCAAUAUUAACGCCAAAAUAUGCAAUCUUUAAUGACCUGACAACAGUAUGGUAACUAUAUCCCUUCUUAAUAAGUGUAUGUUCUAUUGAAUUGUGCUUUGUGUGAUUUAUGUUGUAAAAUAAAUAUUUGUCAUUUGU